AUUUCUCCAUUUCUCGAGCUUCACCUCUUCCAAUGUUAGCCACACUAGAUCGAGUGCGCAUUUUAGCUGCUUUAUUAGAAUAGCAAUAGCAAUAGCAAUAGCAAUAUUACACUCUCGAUUAUACCCUAUUUAACGAUGUAUCGGCUACGGAGUAGAAAGGUGAAAAGGGAAGCUUCUGUCGCUGUUUUAAGCUCGCUUACCCACUUUUCAAUAUUCCCCCCGCCCCAACUAAAUCGCCGCACGCCUAUUUGUGCCUUAGGUACCACUCCUGCCAACUCGUUCGACCUAGACCAUCAGGGUAAUUGCUUGGUCGUAGGCACAAUUGAAGAUUCCCACUAGCCAUCCAUGAGAAUGCGAGAGCCUCGUAGUGUUCUAGACAAUUUGGUGACGGGACUAUAUGGAAUAUCUCCAUCUUCGCCUAUGAACAACCUCUUUAAAAUACGGCAAUCACGUAAUGUGACAGAAAUAGUCGCCUAACCCACAUUUGCCACUUUCGGAGAAUAACAGACAAAGAAGACGUUCAGCGAUUUGUUAAAAGAUUAUCACACCGUUACCUAUUCUCUUUUAUCAACAGGAUGUCAUGGUAAGACUUGAUGUCCAGUUACCCCUAUCAACUUCGCUAGUUAAAGAUUGGCGGGGGCUGUGCAAAUUCUUAGUCGCUUCAUCCUUACUAUGAGGCUUUUAUUGCUGGUUGUGCCCUUUCCCAUUAGAAGACAUGAAAUCCCGCAUAUGCUAAAAUCCCUCAUGUUAGGAACUGUGCCCCAUUAUCAAAACGAGGUUGGUAGAUGAAGCGCCAAAGACUUCAGCUCAAAAGGUGACUAUCACUGAAAAGCACUAGUAUAUGGUAGGUCAAAUCUAAAUCACGCAUAUCGAUGGAUGAUAGGAGGCAAAAAGGUAGAAUUCAAUUUUCAGUUUUAUUUAAUGGGAGUAGAUUCCUUGGACCGGCCAGUACAUACCUUUCACCAGCGAGUGCGCCCUGUACUCCCAUCGUAUUUGUGUCUAACCUUCCACCCAUCCCCCUUUUACAUUCAUCCCAUAUCGUGCGCCGAAGUUUCGAGUCAAAAGCGCAAGUCAACAUGGCGGAUCCUCUAGAAAAAGAAGUGCCUCGCAUUCAAUGGAACGCAGAUGAUAUCGAAUUGGCCUCGAGGCCUCGCGCGCUUCAUCGCUCAAACUCGCAAUUCUCGAUUCACAGCAGCCACAGCCGCCGGGGAUCAAUCGAUCCUUCACACGCACUCCCUAUUCAAUACCGAGCCGUGUCUUUUCAAAUCGACGAGAGUAUUGAUCAAGACCUCUUAAAGGCCAAGAAGCAUAAAAAGUCUGCCGCCAAAGAACUUGAGAACCUUGAUUGGCAUAUAGUAUCUCCCGAAGAAAUAUUCGAGCGUCUUUCGACCUCGAAGACUCGAGGUCUUUCCGCAGAGCAGGCAAAGAAGAACAUAUCCGAGUACGGCAAAAAUGUUCCCUCUCGCCCACCGACACAUUAUACAAAGCAAGUUUUUGGAUACUUUUUUAAGGGAUUUGGAGGCGUCCUCCUCGUCGGAGGUAUUCUCGUCUUGGUAUCUUGGAAACCGCUCGGAGAACCGGCACCGGCUAUUGCUAACCUAGCACUCGCCAUUGUCCUUUUUGCUGUCUUUGUUAUCCAGGCUGCAUUUAACGCGUGGCAAGAUUGGUCUUCGUCGCGUGUCAUGGCAUCAAUCACUACUAUGCUUCCCGAUCACUGCAUCAUAUUGCGGGGCGGCACCCAAGCUACAGUAUUUGCUAGCGAUAUAGUCCCUGGAGACAUUCUGUAUAUCAAGGCCGGCAACAAACUUCCCGCUGAUGUGCGAUUCAUCGAAAUUUCUUCGGAUGCCAAGUUUGAUAGGUCUAUUCUGACUGGUGAAUCUGCACCUCUUCCGGGAACGGUUGACAGCACCGAUCCAAAUUUCCUCGAGACCCGAUGCAUUGGACUACAGGGCACUCAUUGCAUAGCAGGGAGUGGUCUCGGUGUAGUUGUUAGCACAGGCGACAAGACAGUCUUUGGUCGGAUUGCAAAGCUAACCAACGAACCUUCGACCGGUAUGACACCUUUAGAGAAGGAAGUUCUCAACUUUGUCUUUGUCAUUAUCUCCAUCAUGGUGGCGAUGAUAGUUCUUUUCAUUAUUGUCUGGGCUGCAUAUCUUCGUAAAAACCACCCUGGUUGGAUCUCAGUGCCUGCGCUCAUCGUAAGCUGCGUCAGUGUCGCCAUUGCCUUUAUCCCCGAAGGGUUGCCAAUCGCAGUCACUGCCAGUCUAACAAUCACUGCCAACAUCAUGCGAAAAAACAAGAUCUUAUGCAAGUCCCUCAAGACUGUGGAAACCCUAGGCUCAGUUUCUGUAAUAUGUUCAGAUAAGACUGGUACUUUGACAAAGAACAAAAUGUACGUCACCGAAGCUGCCAUUGGUGCCUUUGACAUGAGUGCCGAGGGUAGCCGUGAUGAAAUGAUCCGUCAGAAAAAUGCAGACCGCCAAAACUCCGUCUCUCAAUUGCGGACCAUUGCUGGGUUGUGCAACUCCGGAAACUUCGAUGCAGCUACGUACCACUUGCCUCUUCACGACCGGAAAAUACAUGGGGAUGCCACUGAUCAGGCUAUACUUCGCUUUUCAGAGUCACUUGGGCCAGUUACAGAGGCACGAGAAUCGUGGGUUAAGUCUUUUGAGCUCGCUUUCAAUAGCAAGAACAAGUAUAUGAUUAGGACCUUUACUCUAGCUGAUAGGGCCGGUUUGGAUCUAGCUCUAUCACUCACGCAGGCGAAUGAAUUCCGACAGAAUGACACCCUCCUGACGAUUAAAGGAGCUCCAGAUGUCCUCAUUGGUAGAUGCUCCAUGUUCGUAGACCGAGAUGGUGUUAGCAAACCCCUAGAUGAAGCCACCCGCUUUAGCAUAUCUUGCAUCAAGGACCGCUGGUCUUCUCAGGGCAAACGUGUAAUCUUACUCGGUCGCAAAACCCUACGUCAUGAGCAAAUUCAAUCAACUCCUGCUGAUGCUAAGUUUGAAGACGAGAUAAUAGAGCAAUCCAGGACUGGCUUGACCUUUGUUGGGAUUGUUGGCAUAGUCGAUCCUCCUCGCGACGAGAUACCCUCGGUAGUGGGCAUUCUCAGACAAGCUGGUAUUCGCAUAUUUAUGGUCACUGGGGACUUUGCGUUGACUGCACAAGCUAUUGCUGCCGAAUGCGGCAUCAUUACCAACCUGCCAGGCGCAGUAAAUACUGUCGCCGUACUAACUCGCGAUGAAGUGUCCGCACCCUUAUCUAUUGACAAAUCACCUGACCUGACCCCCCAACCUGUAACUUCAAUCGUCGUCAGCGGCCCAGAGCUGAUCACUCUCAACGAAUGCCAAUGGGACCAACUCUGUCGAUAUGACGAGAUCGUGUUCGCUCGCACCACUCCCGAGCAGAAACUCCGCAUCGUGCGGGAAUUCCAAAGCCGUGAUGAAAUCGUUGGUAUGACUGGUGAUGGAGUCAACGACGCCCCUUCCCUCAAAGCAGCCGACAUCGGAAUCGCACUCGGCAGCGGAUCAGACAUAGCAAUCGAGGCUGCGGACAUGGUUUUGCUAGAAUCCUUUUCGGCUAUCGUUCAUGCAGUACGGUACGGUCGCGUCGUUUUUGAUAACCUCAAGAAGACAAUCGCCUACCUACUCCCCGCGGGAUCCUUUUCCGAGUUCUGGCCCGUCUUUGGCAAUGUCAUCUUCGGCCUCCCGCAAAUCUUGUCUUCGUUCUUGAUGAUUAUCAUCUGCUGCUUCACAGACUGUGCUGCAGCGAUUGUUCUUGCGUACGAGGCACCAGAGGCCGACGUCCUCCGCCGCCGCCCACGCAAGCGCGUGGACCGUCUCGUCAACUGGCAGCUCAUGCUGCAAUCCUAUGCAUUCAUCGGUGUCCUCGAAUCGAUCGCCUCCUUUGCCAUGGCUUUCUGGUAUCUCGAGCGCCAAGGGAUCCCCUUCUCUGUUUUCUGGUUCCAGUAUGGCGCAAUCCCUGACAACCUCGAUGCUGAUUUCGUCGCCUCGAAACUCGCCAUCGGAUCUUCGAUCUACUUCGUAAAUCUCGUUGUAAUGCAGUGGUUUAACCUGCUCGGAGUACGCACACGCAGGCUCAGCAUCUUUCAGCAUCCGCCUCUAUUUAGGAAGGAAACUAGGAAUUGGCUCCUGUUCCCAGCGAUGGGCUUUGCACUUGUGAUGGUAUUUUUCUGGUUAUAUGUCCCCCAGUUUCAGCGCGUGCUAGGCACUGCCGAAGUGCCAGUGGAGUAUUUCUUCCUUCCCGGUGCUUUUGGAUUGGCCAUUUUGUUGUUAGAAGAAGGAAGGAAAUACUGCAUAAGGGCGUGGCCAAAGAGUGUUUUAGGGCGAUGUGCUUGGUAAGUUGGUUGCUGGCAAUCUACCUAAUCGUGUUCGCACCGACCACCUGUAAGGUGGUCGGCGAAAGCGAAGUGCAUCCGGAAAGCGAAAUUGCAUCCAGCCAGCCAGAUAUCAUUAGUAUGUAGAAUCUCAGGGUUUAGCACAAAUAAUCAUAAUAAUCAUGAC